UGCUUCCGCUCACUUUCCUUCCUUCCAGAAAGAGCGUGGUGAAGAUGGCGGAGCAAAAGUCGAUGCCGAGCGAUCUUUACAAAUGCGUAUAUUCCUUUCUGCUAGAGAACAAGUUCACCAAGGCGGCUCAGCAGUUUUUGAAACAGACGAAAGUGUCUCCACUAGAUGAAAAUGAUGAGAGCCUCGUCGGCAUCUACGACUUCUGGGCCAAGUCUCCUGAAGCCAAGAAACGAAAGGCGCCCAACAGCACGGCCGGAUCUAAAAAUGGUCCAUCAGCCAAGAAGGCAAAAACCAGUGCACAGAGCUCCAGCAGUGAAGACUCAAGCAGCGAGGAUGAAGAAGCGGUUGCAAAACCAACUAAGGCAGCCCCUCCAGCAGCCAAGGUGGUGCCCGCUAAAGCACCUGCAGCAGCCACUAAAGCUGCAUCCAGCAGCAGUGAGGACUCCAGUGACUCUGAGGAGGAGAAGGCCCCUGCCAAGGCCCCAGCCAAGGCUCCUGCAAAGGCUCCCGUGAAGUCACCGGCUGCCCCUGCUGCAGCAAGGAAGAAAGACAGCAGCUCUAGCAGUGAAGAAUCUGACUCUGAGGAUGAGCAGCCUGCUAAAGCCCCAGCCAAAGCCAAGGGUGUUACAGUCACAGCAGCAAAACCAGCUGCUCCUGCUAAAGCUGAAGCUCAGAAAAAACAGGAGAGCAGCAGCGAAGACAGUUCAUCAGAUUCAGAAGAUGAAAAACCAACCAAGGCUCCAGCAAAACCAGCUCCAGCCAAAGCGGCCCCAGUGAAAGCAGCAGCAGCUGAAUCAAGUAGUGAAGACUCUUCAUCUGAAGAUGAGGCUCCACCCAGCAAAAAACCCAAAGCAGGAGCGUACAGUGCAGUCCCGCCUCCUGCUUCAGUCCAGAAAGCUCCAGCUGCACCAGCAGCCAGCAAAGCCAAGGACAGCGACUCCUCAGACAGCAGCAGUGACGAGGAAGACGAGAAGAAAGUAGCUGCAAAGCCUGCACCGGUAAAGACCCCUGCUGCCAAACCCGUGGCAAAGGAGUCCAGCUCUGAGAGCUCCGAUUCAAGCUCCGAUGAAGAGGAGGCAAAGAAGCCUGCUGUAAAAGUCACCCCAGCUAAAGCUGCCCCAGUUAAGGCUGCUCCAGCUAAAGACUCAGACUCUUCCAGUUCAGAGGAAGAAGAGCAGAAACCUGCAGCAAAGGUGACUCCCGCCAAGGCUGCUCCAGCUAAACCUGUUGCAGCUAAAGUCCCGCCUGCUAAAAAAGACUCCAGUUCAGAGGACGAUUCCAGUUCGGAGGAGGAGACCGCAAAGAAGCCUGCAGCCAAACCUGCACCAGCCAAGACUCCCCCAGCUAAAAAAGAAGAGUCAUCAAGUUCAGACAGCAGCUCUGAAGAUGAGGCUCCAGCCAAACCUGCUGCUAAAGCUGCAGCCAAACCAAAACCUGCUGUUGUAGCUUCCAAAGCCCCCGCUAAGGCAGCUGAGAGCAGCUCAGAUUCAGAUGACUCCUCUGAGGAUGAAAAAAAAGCUGUUAAUGCUAAGCCAGCUGCAAAGCCUGUUACUCCUGCAGCGAAGCCUGCUCCUGCUGCAGCAGAGAGCAGCUCUGACUCGUCCUCUGAGGAUGACGAAGAGCCAGCUAAAGUUAUCACAGCAGCUAAACCUGCUGCAAAGCCAGCUACCCCAGCUUCAAAGCCUGCAACUCCCUCUGCAAAACCUGCUGCAGAGAGCAGCUCUGACUCUUCUUCUGAAGAUGAAGAGCCAGCAAAGGCUAAACCUGCAGCGGCUAAACCAGCUCCAAAGCCUGCUACGCCUGCAGCAGAGAGCAGCUCAGAUUCUGACUCUUCUUCUGAAGAUGAAGAGCCAGCUAAGGUUAAACUAGCUGCAAAGCCAGCUUCAAAGCCUGCUACGCCUGCAGCAAAGCCGCCUGCUGCUUCAGAGAGUAGCUCAGAUUCUGACUCUUCUGAAGAUGAAAAAUUAGCGGUCAAGGCUAAACCUGUUGCGACUAAGCCUGCUGCACCAGCCUCAAAGCCUGCUACCCCUGCAGCAAAGCCGCCUGCUGCUGCAGAGAGCAGUUCUGACUCUUCUUCUGAGGAUGAAGAGCCAGCUAAGGCUAAGCCAGCUACCCCCGCUUCAAAGCCUGCUACACCUGCAGCAAAGGCAGCUGCUGCAGCAGAGAGCAGCUCAGAUUCCGACUCUUCUGAAGAUGAAAAACCAGCAGUCAAGGCUAAACCUGUAGCGGCUAAACCUGCUACACCAGCCUCAAAGCCUGCUACCCCUGCACCAAAGCCGCCUGCUGCUGCAGAGAGCAGCUCUGACUCUUCUUCUGAAGAUGAAGAGCCAGCUAAGGCUAAACCUGCUGCGGCUAAGCCUGCUACGCCUACAGCAAAGCAGGCUGCUGCAGCAGAGAGCAGCUCAGAUUCUGACUCCACCGAGGAUGAGGAAGAACCAGUGAAAGCGAAGCCAGCAGCUAAACCAGCUACUCCAGCAGCAAAGCCUGCUGCAAAGCCUGCAGCAGCAGACAGCAGCUCUGACUCCGACAGCGACUCUGAGGAUGAGGCAGCCAAACCUGCAGUCAAGAAAGAAACCCCUGCAAAGCCUCCAGUCACCAAUGGCAAGGCCGCUACACCCAAGGCCGCUACACCCAAGGCCGCUACACCCAAGACUCCAGCAAAGCCUUCAGAGUCAUCGUCCAGUGACAGCAGUUCGGAAGAGGAAGAAGAGGCCAAUAAAAAUACUGUCAAACCUGCUACACCCGCUGCAACACCCAAGACGACCCCAGCUGCUAAAGCUAAAGAGAGCAGCAGCUCCUCAGACAGUUCAUCAGAGGAGGACGCAGCGCCCAGAGCAGCCACUGCCCCCAACACCCCAACAGCAAAUGGUACCAACGGAAAAAGAAAAAAAGGUGAAGAAUCAUCGGAGAGUGAAGAGGAAGAGACAGAAGUGACUACACCAAAAAACAAGAAAGCAGCAACCACACCUCAGACGUUUCCUAAAGCCAAUAAGAAGUCGUCCAAUGUACCCUUCCGUAGAAUAAGAGAGGAAGAAGUGACGGUGGAUCCCCGUCUCAACGACAAUUCUUUUGAUGCUAAGUUCGGAGCAAACGGGGACUGGGGCCAGAAAGCGAACGAUGUGCUCAGGUUCACAAAGGGGAAGUCAUUCCGCCAUGAAAAGACCAAGAAGAAGAGGGGGAGCUACCGCGGCGGAGCCAUCUCCCAAUCCGUCAACUCGAUUAAGUUUGACAGUGAAUAAGGACGACUUCUUGAACUUUACGUUACCUGUGUGAUCAGGACUAUCCAAUGACUGCUUCCUCCCCCUGUUAUCAGUCCCUCUGUCAUCGCUACCCAGCAGCACACUGACAUGAAGUGACCCGUAGAGCUGAGCCGGCGCUCACCUUCGUUAGCUGCCCUUCUCUGUACUGCUAAAGGCUGACCCCCAUGUGAUAUGAUCACUUAUAGCCACUAGGUGGCUGGGGCCACCUGUUAAUGGUAAAUGCCAGUGUGUAUUGGGGGCCCCCUCUUUCAGUUUGUUUUGACUGUAAGUGAACUGUUCUGUUCUCAUGUAUGUAUGACACAGCCAUACAUCCCAACUGGUUCUAAUAUUUUGAAAAGGGUUGCUAAUGAUUUUAAUGGAUCACACGGUUUCUUGAAGUUUGUUUGUUUGUCAAAUUUAUUUGUGGGGUUAGAGUUAGGGUCACACACCCUCACCACUUUUCUAAGUCGAGAGGGUGUGUGCUCUUGGUUUUUUUGUUAACUUAACAUUGCCUACUCUUUUGGAAAGUAAGACGUGAGUUUUAUACUGUGUAUUUAUUCAGUUUUAUUCCAAUUCAAUGUUGAGGACCUUAGACAGUCUAUUCCAUGUUUUUUCUUAAGCCAUUUUCCUUUGAAACUAUGAUUUCUUCUGUUAGUCUUCUCCUGAUCACAUCUGUUAGCUGUAGUUAUCAGAUGUAUAAUAAAUCAAUGUAAUCGAGAUCCAUGAAAGAUUUGAAUAUACCGUGUGAACCUGUAGGGACUUUUGAGAACCUGUUAUUUUUUAUCAAUGGAUGUAGCUGUAAUUAAAGACCUAAUAGCUCAAA